CCUGUUUUGUCUCCGAUGUGGUCAUGUUAUUCGUAACCCUGCUAGUGGGGGAGGUUAUAAACACUAGCACAUGUCGACAUGUUAGUGAGAGAGCCGGUUCGUUCAACCCAGCUAGUGGGGGUUAUACACCAACAAAUUGUGGCCCUGCUAGUGAGGAUUAUACACUGGCCGUGACCUAUAGAGGAGACGUCUACUUCGUGCCCGUACUGUAUCUGUUUUCGUGAUUGUACUUGUUGGCAUGCUUUAAGUUUGAUAAGGGGCACUCCAUAUUUACUUACUGAGUUUAUCUCAUAGUUUUUCCUUGUCCACCAUUUCAGGAUGUGAAAUCGAGGAUGGGGAAACCACGGGAAGUGACGAGUUAGAAAGCUAGCCAUUUCGAGAUUGAUAUAGAUUCUAGAAAUCAUGAUCUUGUAAGCUAGGGUGUAUUUGUAGAUUUUAUGAUAUCAGAGUAAAUUUUAAAAAUUUGA